UUUGAUGGUAGGGGUUAGCAUUUGUCUAAUUAAUGUUCUUCGUAUCUUUUUCUUGUAACCCCUUUUUAUUUUUUAUUUAAAUAAAUUUAUUUAAUUCCGUUUUAAGACGAGUAUAAACAGUGAUACAUGUUUCUCAGGAAUACUUUCUGGCGUUUGUGUUUCAUUGGCGACCCCAAACAAGGCAUCUCUUUAAGCUAACGAGGGUAUGUUUCCAGCUGUGUGCCCGUCGCGUGUCAUGAUUCAGGACUUUGAGCAGUCAGGUUUAAAUGUGUUUUAGUGAAUACUCUUAUCUGAGUUACUUCAGGAUGUCAGCCACCGCGGCGUGUCGACGCUGCGCGGCCAGACAGUGAUGUUCAGACUGUCCGGUCUCUUCAGAGUUCUCAUCAGGACCGUUUGCAGCGCUGCCGAGAUGCCGAAGGGAAGGUUUUUCUAUGCCGUUAGGAGAGGAUUCAAGCCGGGAGUCUACAGCUCAUGGGAGGAAUGUAAGACUCAGGUGGAUAAAUUUCCAGCCGCCUCCUUUAAGAAGUUUGCAUCGGAGCGAGAUGCUUGGGCGUUCGUCCGAGGCGUGGAGCUCUCUGCAGGUCCGGACGGGGAGCGGGUGACUCCAGCCGUGGAGCCGGACGUCUCGCUUACUCCUAAACGAGGUCUGGAGCCGCUGGAGUACAUCCCACUUGGGAAGAAGAGAUUCCACUCGGAUGAAGAGGCGGAGCAGCGUCCCAAACGAGUCAAACAGUCGGAAAAUUCUUCGUCUAAAAGCACCGAUGGUUUCACGUACAUGGGCGAUGCCGUGGUCGUCUACACCGACGGCUGCUGCUCUGCAAACGGACGGACCGGGGCCCGAGCUGGCAUCGGAGUUUACUGGGGUCACAACAACCCGCUAAACGUUGCAGAGCGGCUGCAGGGACGACAGACCAACCAGCGGGCAGAGAUACAGGCAGCGUGCAGAGCGCUGGAACAAGCCAAAGAGAGGAACAUCAAGAAGCUGGUUCUUUACACUGAUAGCAAAUUUACAAUCAACGGUGUGACCAGUUGGGUGAAGAACUGGAAGCUAAAUGGCUGGAGGCUGAAAUCUGGGGGUCAGGUCACCAACAAAGAAGACUUCAUGAAGCUGGAUCAACUGAACGCAGAGCUGGAGGUGGUCUGGAUGCAUAUUCCCGGACACGCUGGCUACAGGGGCAACGAGGAGGCCGACCGUCUAUCCAGAGAAGGAGCUGUGAGGCCUCUGCAGCAGCAGGAUGAAGAGGAAGAGGACGAGUAAAUGAUUUGAGGACCGCUGUUUGUUUUCCAGGUUAUCAGGUUGAUUUAAUAAUGAAUGAAUCUGUUUGAUGUUAAUUAUCUCUGUUUCUGUUCUGAAUAAAGUUAGAUUCCAGCCUGUUGAAACUGAAA